GGCGGCACCGCGCGCGCGGAGCGUGACGGCGGCGGGCGGCUCGCGGGGCUCCGUCUGCGGCACGCGGCCCGCACGCUCCCUCAGGUACCUGGUGAGGUGACAGCUGUGAGCUACAGCUAUGGCAUCCAACAAGAUGUGGUACACCGUUGCCCUUGGAUUUCUGCUGCCUUUUUCUUAUGCCCAUACAGACUUCUUCACCUCAAUUGGCCAUAUGACAGACUUAAUUAACACAGAGAAAGAUCUGGUGAUUUCACUGAAAGAUUACAUCAAGGCAGAGGAAAGCAAGCUGGAACAGAUCAAAAAAUGGGCAGAGAAAUUAGAUAAGUUGACAGAUACUGCUACGAAAGACCCUGAAGGUUUUUUGGGACAUCCUGUAAAUGCAUUCAAGCUGAUGAAACGGCUUAACACAGAGUGGGGCGAGCUGGAGAGCCUGGUUCUGAAGGACAUGUCAGAUGGCUUCAUCUCCAACAUGACGAUCCAGCGGCAGUUUUUUCCGAAUGAUGAAGAUCAGACUGGUGCAGCAAAAGCCCUCUUGCGGCUUCAAGACACGUAUAAUUUGGAUACAGACACCCUCUCAAGAGGGAAUCUUCCAGGUGUAAAGCACAAAUCCUUUUUAACAGCUGAAGAUUGCUUUGAGCUGGGGAAGAUUGCGUACACAGAGGCUGAUUACUACCACACUGAGCUCUGGAUGGAGCAAGCUCUGAAACAGCUGGAUGAGGGAGAAGUGUCUUCUGCAGAUAAAGUCUAUAUUCUGGACUACCUGAGUUAUGCUGUGUAUCAGCAGGGGGAUCUGAGCAAAGCAAUGAUGCUCACCAAGCGCCUUCUUGAACUGGAUCCUGAGCAUCAAAGAGCAAAUGGAAACAUGAAGUAUUUUGAAUAUAUCAUGGCCAAAGAAAAAGAAGCCAAUAAGUCCAGUACAGAUGCAGAAGACCAGACAGAGAAGGAAACUGAGUUUAAGAAAAAGGAUUACCUGCCUGAGAGAAGGAAGUACGAAAUGCUGUGCCGUGGGGAGGGUCUCAAAAUGACUCCUCGGAGACAAAAAAGACUGUUCUGCCGCUACUACGAUGGAAACAGGAAUCCUAGAUACAUUCUGGGCCCUGUCAAACAGGAAGAUGAGUGGGACAAGCCUCGAAUUGUUCGCUUUCUUGAUAUCAUUUCUGAUGAAGAGAUUGAAACUGUGAAAGAACUAGCAAAGCCAAGGCUGAGCCGUGCUACUGUUCAUGACCCCGAGACUGGGAAACUGACCACAGCACAUUACAGAGUCUCUAAGAGUGCUUGGUUGUCUGGAUAUGAAAGCCCUGUGGUAUCUCGCAUUAACACCAGGAUACAGGACUUAACAGGGCUCGAUGUCUCCACAGCAGAGGAACUUCAGGUGGCAAAUUAUGGAGUGGGAGGACAGUAUGAACCCCACUUUGACUUUGCACGGAAAGAUGAGCCAGAUGCUUUUAAAGAAUUGGGAACAGGCAACAGAAUUGCUACUUGGUUGUUUUAUAUGAGUGACGUGUCAGCAGGGGGAGCUACCGUCUUUCCUGAAGUAGGAGCAAGUGUUUGGCCUAAAAAGGGAACAGCUGUAUUCUGGUACAAUCUCUUUCCAAGUGGAGAAGGAGAUUACAGCACACGGCACGCAGCCUGCCCAGUACUAGUUGGAAACAAAUGGGUGUCCAAUAAAUGGCUCCACGAGCGGGGACAGGAAUUCCGAAGGCCGUGCACGUUAUCAGAGUUGGAGUGAUGCAGAUUCGUCCUUCUCCUCUGUAUUCAGUUUGUGUAAAAUGCACACAUCUCCUACAGUUUACAAUUGACUAACACUCCACUACAGAUUCAGUCUUCAACUACACCAGUGUUUCAUCUGUGGACAAAAAAACCCAUGCUUUUAGUUCCUUCUAAAAUAUUCCCUUUAAGGUUUUAUAAACAGAUUAUAUUGAGUUUAAGGUCUCUGAGUGUUACAGGAAAAAAGAAGAGGACAAAUUACAGAUGAGGGCUACAACCAAGAGUGGUGUUGUGUGGGGUUCCUCCACCGUAGCCCCUCUGACCAGCUACUGCUCGCUCGCUUUGGGCUCGUUGCAACUGUCUGUUGCCCGAUGAUUCAGUGGGAGGGCUCCUUUCUAAGGAAGGCUGAAUUAAAGCAGUUUCUAUUCUUCUAUUUUUAGACAUCUGACUCCUUGCUUUUCUAGAGUGCGUGAAAACUGUGGCCGUGGUUUGUCUUCAUGUGGAAAAGAGCCUGUUAUCUGUUUUGGCCUGUUUUCCUACUUCCAUAAAAGCCCAAAUUUUUGGUCAGUCUUCCUUCUUAGCUUCUACAGUGAAUUUGGCUCUUAAUCAUGAAAACGUGAGCCAGCAGUUGCACGUGCAUCAAUGAAAUGCUUCAGCAGCGUUACGUCAAACGCAUGCCUGCGUCAGAACAGCCUGACGGUGAGCAGGGCCCAUCUCCUCUGUUUUUUUUUCUCUAUUGUUUGUCCACAUCAAAAGAAACAAAUGCUGCUUUUAUUCUUUCUUAGUAGUAAAUACAUCUGUUCCUUGGGCAGUGGGGAUGGGAAUGUUUCCGUCUUCAUUAAUAGAAGUAAUUGUGCCUUAGGACACUGGAAUUUCAAAUUGGUUAUGAGACUUCAGGUGAUGAGGUAACACAGUUGUCACAGAAUGCUCUCCACCCCUGUCCUCCCAGUUCUCAAGUUCUGUGAGAAAUAGAUGGCCUAUUUAUAAUCCUAGAUCAUUUUUAGAUGCUUUUUCUUUUGCAGAUGUUUUUGCUGCUGUGGGUGCUGCGUGCAGCCUGCAGCAGUGACAUGCCUUUAGUUAGGGGAUGCUGCUCACACAGGGCCAAGGCUCUGCCUGUUCUCCCUGCUCUGCUGUUGCUCACCUCACAGAGGCUGCUCCAUCAGCUGGGGCUCGUGCUGGUGAGCAGGGAAGCACUGGAAAGGCGCCGUAGCAGAGGCUGUGGUGUUGCUCACUUUGCUGUUGCCAGUCCCAUGAGUCAGGCUGGAGCUGUGCUGAUCAUCCCAUGCACCCACACACGUGUGAGCGCACACACACACACACAUACAGUCCCCAAGUCAGCAGUGCAGUAGAAGAACUAGCUCACAGUGACUUUCAAGACUGUGGUUUGUGAUGAGCCUUCCUUAAGCUGAGAUGACAUUGAAACCUCUGAGGGAGAUGUGGCAGCUGUUGGACUUCUGUUCUGCUCUUGAGAUUCCUGUGGGAGGAAUAACUGCUGUCCCUGCUUCCCGCCCAGCACAGAAGGAACUGAGCAGAGUGAGGAGGGACUGCAGCAGAUUCCCUUUCCUUAGCCAUCCUUCUUCAACAGCGGGAUUUUUAGCUAAAUGGCUGAGUAUUCCACUAGCAUGAGAACAAGAAUUAAAGUGAGCUGCACCAGAUUCUGCCUAAACAGUCUGAUUUUCUGGAUGAUGAUGGUUGUUACUGAUGUAGGGGUCAAGCUGAAGUCUUUACCAAGGAAAAAAGUUCCAAUUUUAGUUAAUUGGGUUUUCUGCCUCUACAAGAUCUUGAAAAUUGAGCCAAAAGGUAGAAGAAACCAACAGUUAA